AUGAAUACGGACCCCAGAAGCAAGCACAAAUUCAAGAUUCACACAUACGGCAGUCCCACCUUCUGUGACCACUGUGGCUCGCUGCUGUACGGGCUCAUCCACCAAGGGAUGAAAUGUGACACCUGCGACAUGAACGUACACAAUCAGUGUGUGGUCAACGUGCCGAGCCUGUGUGGGACGGACCACACGGAGCGCCGGGGUCGCCUCUUCCUCAAGAUCGAGGUCAGCAUGGACAGGCUACACGUCACAGUGGGCGAAGCCAGGAACCUGAUUCCUAUGGAUCCGAAUGGUUUAUCGGACCCUUAUGUUAAACUCAAGCUCAUCCCCGACCCAAAGAACGAGACCAAACAAAAGACUAGGACCAUCCGCUCCUCUCUCAACCCCUGUUGGAACGAGUCCUUCAGCUUUAAGCUGAAAGCAUCAGAUAAGGACCGUCGUCUCUCCAUUGAGGUUUGGGAUUGGGACCGAACCACCAGGAACGACUUCAUGGGCUCCAUGUCGUUUGGCGUGUCCGAGCUCAUCAAAGCUCAAAACUGUGGAUGGUACAAGUUGCUGAACCAGGAGGAGGGAGAGUAUUACAACGUUCCCAUCCCCGAGAUGGACGACGUCAACCUGGAGCUCCUACAUAAGUUUGAGAAAGCCAAGCUGGGCCACGGUAAGAAAGUGAUCACGCCGUCAGACCACCGGAGGUUCAGCCUGCCUUCGAGUAACAUGGACCGCAUCCGACUGAGUGACUUCAACUUCCUGGCCCUGCUGGGGAAGGGCAGCUUCGGCAAGGUGAUGCUGGCAGAGAUGAAGUCGACGGAGGAGCUGUACGCCAUCAAGAUCCUGAAGAAAGACGUGGUGAUCCAGGAUGAUGACGUUGAAUGUACGAUGGUGGAGAAGAGGGUCCUGGCCCAGAGGGACAAACCCCCCUUUCUCACGCUGCUCCACUCCUGCUUCCAGACUGUGGAUCGGCUGUACUUUGUGAUGGAGUACAUCAACGGAGGAGACCUUAUGUAUCAUAUCCAACGUAUGGGCAAAUUCAAGGAGCCACAGGCAGUGUUUUAUGCUGCAGAGAUUGCUGUGGGUUUGUUUUUCUUGCACCGAAAGGGAAUCAUCUACAGGGAUCUGAAGCUCGACAACGUCAUGCUGGACUCCGAGGGCCACAUCAAAAUCGCUGACUUCGGCAUGUGUAAGGAGAACAUGUAUAAUAGCAUGACCACACGCACCUUCUGCGGCACCCCGGACUACAUCGCACCGGAGAUUAUAGCAUACCAGCCUUAUGCAAAAUCAGUGGACUGGUGGGCUUAUGGAGUUCUUCUGUAUGAGAUGCUGGCAGGACAGCGCCGGUUUGACGGAGAGGACGAAGACGAGCUCUUCCAGUCCAUCAUGGAGCAAAGUGGUCCUACCCCAAGUCCAUGUCUAAAGAAGCUGUGUCCAUCUGCAAGGGAGAUCUCUGGUGACGACGCGGUGAUGACGCGGUGGCAGGAUGGGGCGGAGCAGAGUGAUCUGAGCGCCGGGAGAUUCGAUCCCUGA